UUUGCACUUCCUCCAUCUGCGUGUUUUCAUAAACAAACCACAUUUUUUCUCCCGCUAGGGUCACUCGUCUUUCUCCUUGUCACGCUGCCAGCAUUGUCCGGCUUCAGGCUCUUGUUUUAGGGGAAAAGCCGCGGAGAGCAGGUCCAGUAAAGGCGGGUUGGUGUCCAGGACGUCGCUGCGACAGACAGGAGGAGGAGGUUGUGUUUUUGUUUCCCUCCGCGCAAGAAGCGCAUGGUCGACCCUGCAACCAGCCGAGCCACGAACACACACUACCAGCCUGUGCUUUGGUCCCUGUCCCGGUGUUUUUAAGCCGUCGGUGCGGUCGGGUUGGCGUGUGGACUGCGAGGCUCCCGCGUCGUCAGAUAUGGUAAAGCUGACUAAAGCCAAGACUUUCCAGGCUUACCUGGACUCCUGCCACCGACGUUACAGUUGCGUGCACUGUCGCGCCCAUCUGGCUAACCAUGACGAUCUUAUCUCCAAGUCUUUCCAGGGCAGCCAAGGAAGAGCUUACCUCUUCAACUCUGUGGUCAACGUGGGCUGUGGUCCUGCAGAAGAGAGGCUGCUGCUGACAGGACUUCACGCAGUGGCUGACAUCUACUGUGAAAACUGUCACACCACACUUGGCUGGAAAUAUGAACAAGCCUUUGAACUCAGUCAGAAAUACAAGGAGGGGAAGUACAUCAUUGAACUUUCCCACAUGAUUAAGGACAACGGUUGGGACUGAAAGAGAAACUCAUCUUUCUUCAUGACUUUUUUUUUUUAUUUAAAAAAAAAGUUGCACCCAUUCAACUUAAAAGGGUUCCAGAGUAGCUUCUUCACCCUGCGUUCGAGUCAUUGCUGUGCCACACUUUCACUUCAUGCAGCUUUGCCAAGAAUAGCAUGUGAUGCCUUAUCUUUGUCCUUCGUGUUUUUCCAGCAACCACAACACAUUUGCUGAUAUUGCUAUCCCAUUUACGAGUCGUGUUGGGGGCAUGGACUGAAUAAGUGCAUGGUUUAAGUGUGCGUGGAAGAUAUUUGAGAGUCACACAGACACCAAGGCGUGUUGGAUUGUUUUUUUGUUUUUUUUAAAGCAAUACUUAUCAAAAUUUUAUGGCGACCUCUCAACAGUCUCACUCUGUGAUGACGAAGCCAGUGAAUGUUGGAAGAAUUUGAUCUUGUAAAUCAAAUGCAGGUAUUUGGGUUCUCCUGUUUAAGGUGCACAUGUAAAUGUCUCUGAUCCAAAUGGACGUAACUACCAAGUUUUGUUCAACCUGUAGAUCAUUUUUCAAAUGGUUGUAAGAAGGAUGCAGAGCAGAGAGGGCUCUCCUUUUUUCUUUUAAAUGUUUUUGUUUGUUUGUUUGGUUUUUAGAUUUAAAAUCAGUAACAGUGCAAUCUGGGUGUGAAUGAGAAAUGUACAAUUUGGCAAAAACUGCUAGAAUUCUGUUCACAGGUCUAUCUUUUAGGAUGUAUGUGUUUUUUGCAGGGUGUGCUAAGGCUCAAGCUGGACAGUGUUGAGAUGCAUUGGUCUGACCUUGGUUCACUUUUGAGUUUUCAUUCUACACUUUGGAUUUCUACACCUCCACGUAAAGCCGAUGACAUCUAUCCCUCAUACGUUUGCAUAUUACUUAACACUGAACUGUCCCUACAGAAACAGUAGCUAUAAUGUGUUAGUGCAAAGUGUGAUAGUGUAGCAUAUUUAUGGUGAUUUUUAAUGUCUGCUUACAUUAAAGGGUUUUUAUUUUAACUUGGUUUUCAUUAAACUGCAGUUUGCCAGUA